GCCGGGAGGCCAGAGGAGUUUGCGGGUGGGAGGCGAGGUGACGGCGGGUGGCAGGCAGUGAGCGGAGCCGAGACGCGGGGGGAGCCAAGAUGCCGCUGGAGAACCUGGAGGAAGAGGGCCUGCCCAAGAACCCGAGCCUGAGCAUCGCGCAGAGCAGGUUCCUGCUGACGUUAGACGGACACCGGCGCGAUGAGGUGCUGCGGGGCGAGCUGAUGGACGCCGUGAGGGACAACAACAUGGCACCAUACUACGAAGAGCUAUGUAAAGAUCUAGGAUGGUCAGUUGACACAGAUCUCCUGACAAAAAUGAAAAAGGCAAAUGAGGAAGAACUAAAACGUCUGGAUGACAUACUAAAAGAUGCAGAAAAGAACCUCGGGGAGAGUGAAAUCAGAGACUCCAUGAUGGCCAAGGCUGAAUAUCUAUGCAGAAUUGGUGACAAAGAAGGUGCUUUAACUGCCUUUCGGAAAACGUAUGACAAAACUGUGGCUCUGGGACAUCGCCUAGACAUUGUCUUUUAUCUGCUGAGAAUUGGCUUGUUUUACAUGGAUAAUGAUCUUAUCACACGUAACAUUGAGAAGGCUAAAAGCUUAAUCGAAGAAGGCGGUGACUGGGAUAGAAGGAAUCGUCUCAAAGUUUAUCAGGGGAUGUACUGUGUGGCAAUUAGAGACUUCAAGCAGGCUGCUGAGCUGUUCUUAGACACUGUCUCUACUUUUACUUCCUAUGAACUCAUGGAUUAUAAAACCUUUGUAACUUACACUGUUUAUGUCAGCAUGAUUGCACUGGAGCGACCUGACCUUCGUGAAAAGGUUAUCAAAGGUGCAGAGAUUCUUGAAGUACUGCAUAGUCUUCCAUCAGUCCGGCAAUACCUGUUUUCACUGUAUGAGUGUCGUUACGGUGUUUUCUUCCAGUCUCUUGCAACUGUGGAACAGGAUUUAAAAAAAGAUUGGCUUUUUGCUGCUCACUAUCGCUACUAUGUACGUGAAAUGAGAAUUUUAGCAUAUAGCCAGUUGCUGGAGUCUUAUCGUUCAUUAACACUUACUUACAUGGCGGAGGCCUUUGGUGUCAGCGUUGAGUUCAUUGACCAGGAACUCUCACGUUUCAUUGCUGCUGGCAGACUACAUUGUAAAAUAGAUAAAGUGAAUGAAAUAGUAGAAACCAACAGGCCUGACAGUAAGAACUGGCAGUACCAGGAGACCAUAAAGAAAGGAGAUCUGCUGCUGAACAGAGUCCAAAAACUGUCGAGAGUAAUAAAUAUGUAAUCUGUUUAAAGGGUGUUAUAAAAUGGCCCCCGUGUACACAAUGGCCAUAUAGGUUUUGGAUUGUUCUAGUUAUUUCUUCAAACUUGACCUUCAAUAUUUUACAAAUCAUGGGUUUAGUUUGUGGCAUUGUUCUUAAACCUUUAUGUACAUGUAGUCCAAACUUUUCCAGUUUACUACACAGUGUAAACAAUUUGAGAAAAUGUAUAUAAUAAAUGCCUAGAGCAAUUUCAAAA